UCGCGUCAUAUCCGCGUCGUGAAUGGUGCUUUGGAUGCUAUAAAAUCCCUGUUUCUCUCAUUUCUCAAAAGCCAUCUAUUAGUAGCCAACUUUGUAUAAGUGAAGUGAUCAGCAAACUUUUAGUUUCAUUUGUGUUUUGUUCAAAUACACUAGCGAGCUUUGAUCAUAUUUGUUUUAGUGCUAGUUGAUCAAAAAAAUGGCUGAGGAGCAUCCCAAUGUUGGUGGUGAGGGAGCAGUGGAGAUCCAGGAGCGAGGGUUGUUCGAUUUCAUGGGGAAGAAAGAGGGGGAGAAGCCUCAAGAGGAGGUGAUCGUUACUGAGUUUGAGAAAGUUAAGAUAGAAGAGACAAAGGUAGAGGGACACAAGGGAGAGGGAGAGGAGAGGAAGCAGAGUCUCCUGGAGAAGCUUCACCGAUCGGAUAGCAGCUCCAGCUCUUCUAGCGAUGAGGAAGAUGAGGAAGGAGAGAAGAAGAAGAAAAAAAAGGAGAAGAAGGGACUGAAGGAAAAGAUCGAGGAGAAGUUAGGAGGAGAAAAGAAAGAAGAGGAGGUCAAGCAUGAGGAAACCACAGUCACUGUGGAAAAGUGUGAUGAGCCAGUGGUUCAGCCAGAGACGCCAGAAAAGAAAGGCUUCCUUGAGAAGAUCAAAGAGAAACUCCCUGGACAACACAAGAAAGCUGAAGAGGCAACCACCCCCCCACCACCCCCAGCUGAGUGCGUUGCCACUGAGGCACCCCAUGAAGGUGAGACGAAGGAAAAGAAGGGAAUUUUGGAGAAAAUCAAGGAGAAGCUUCCUGGUUACCACUCCAAAACAGAUGAAGAGAAAGAGAAAGAAAAGGAGAGUGCUUCCCAUUAAAGAACAAAUAUGAACUUCAAGUAAACAUGCUGAUGGGUUGUGCGUGGUUUCUUAAUUUGUUGAAAUUAUCUGUUUUUCUUGGGUUUGUAUAUUUCAUACAAGUUUCUCUUCUUUUUUUUUUUUUCUGCUUAAUGUUUAAGUUUGGCAUAUAAGAAAAAGAUUUGAAUGUUUAUUUAGGGUUUUUAACUUUAUAAUGAUAUAUGUGAGAAACGAUAUGUUAUUUUCUUCCUUUCUUUUUGUGAUUUGAACAGUGUUAUUAAUGGAUCAAUUUUUCCUUUUCUUGUGUA